GCCGUAAACAAAUACCCAACUGUCGUAUACUUAGUUGCAACUCUGUCGCACCGUUGCAAUUUAGAAUUUGAAAACGUUGCUGCAGAAAUAAAAUAUGGCAGACGAGGAGAAUUUACCCGCUGGAUGGGAGAAAAGAAUGAGCCGUAGUUCAGGCAAAGUGUAUUAUUUUAACCACAUCACCAAUGCCAGCCAGUGGGAACGUCCAGUGGGAGAUGGUCGUGGAGAGCCAGAUAAGGUACGCUGCUCUCACCUCUUGGUGAAACAUAAUCAGUCCCGUCGUCCAUCUUCCUGGCGGGAACAAAACAUUACACGGAGUAAAGAUGAGGCUCUGGAUCUCAUCCAGAAGUACAUAGAACAGAUCAAGUCCGGACAGGAGAAGUUUGAGUCCUUAGCAUCUCAUUUCAGUGACUGCAGCUCAGCUAAAAAUGGUGGCGAUCUUGGACUGUUUGGCAGAGGUCAAAUGCAGAAGCCUUUUGAAGACGCCUCCUUCGCUCUCAAAGUUGGAGACAUGAGCGGUCCUGUGUUUACUGAUUCUGGAGUCCACAUCAUUUUACGUACUGGCUGAAAGCAGUCUAUAUCCCAGCCUCCAUGCUAAACACAUACACAGUCCAGCCCAAACAGGCCUGCAAGUAAUUUCAUUACAUAUGCCUCCCACUAAAUUGAGCUUAUGGUCUGUAUCGCAUUAUUUUAGGUGGGAUCAUUUGUUCCAAAUACUAUCGAACAGAACUAGUUUAAAUGCUCUGAAAAUUAAUGAGUUUUCCAGAUAUCCCUGAAGACUUCAAGCUUUUAUUAAUCAUGACAAUGCCAUUCAUAAACAACAGUAGUGCCUGUUGAAGUGACCACAUCCUGGAAACACACAAGCAGAGUUUAACUAUGUGUGUGGAAAAGCUUGGAGUUAUUAAGUGCAUGUCUCCAAAAAGGACCAUUUACUGUAUGUUUAUUUUCCAUUGCUGCUGUAUGCGUGCCAAAGCAGUUCUUUUAUCCAUAUCACUGUUAUGAAAAGUGCUCACAUAAAUUUCCUGCAUUUCCCUGCAUUUUGAGUUCUCUUUACUCAUCAUUGUACCAUUGUUUGAUUCUUUCUGUCCUCUGCAAAUGUCCAGAAACAUAGGAUUAUUUGUCUUUAAAGUUGACUUUGAAAAGUGCAUGGUCUGCCCCCCUGGAUAUGCAAAGAUGGCACCAAUUAAAGCUUGUAGGUUUUAACAAUAAGCCCAACAGCUUUUUAAAGCGUCAAUGUUCGGAUGAACUGUUAACACUGCUGUCAUCGGGGAAUAAAUAAAAACUUUUUUUA